AUGAUACUGAAGCCAGCAACUCGGUCAGGCAUUUGCAUUUUUCUGCAAACACGGGCAACGGAGGAACUACUGAACUACCGAUUUAAGAGCACGAAGCUUCUAGAAGAAGCUCUUACUCAUUCUUCCUUCUCUAAUUCAGUUUCUAAUUUCAACCGGCACGCGUUCAUCGGCGACGCGGCUCUCGGCUUAGCCAUUUCCAGUUAUUUCUUCUCUACUUAUCCUGACAUUGACUGUGGUAAGCUGACUGACUUACGCGCCGCCAAUGUUAGCACUGAAAAACUUGCUAGAGUUGCCGUACGUCACGGCCUUUACAACUAUCUCCGCCGCAAUUCAGCAAUACUUGAUGAAAAGGUGAAGGAAUUCGUGAUAACAGUGCAACAGGAGGAGAAGAUGGAGUUCUAUGGAGGAGACAUAAAAGCGCCAAAGGUUCUUGCAGACAUUGUGGAGUCAAUAAUGGGGGCUGUAUGUUUGGAUUGUGGCUUUGAUGUGAAUGCUCUAUGGAUGAUCUUUAGACGCCUACUAGAGCCUAUCAUCAUGCUGAAUGUGUUGGAAGAACAACCACAGCCUGUAACAAUGCUGUUUGGACUUAGCAAAAAGGAUGGAAAACAAGUUGAUGUAGAACAUCGGAGAGAGGGAGAUAAAAACAUAGCUAGCGUCUAUCUUGAUGGACAAUUUAUUGCAUCUGCUUCUUCUGAGCACAAAGAAAUUGCAAAGCUUCAAGUGGCAAAGGCUGCUCUGAAGGAGUUAUUCUAUAACCCUUAUGAUAAGAUGGAUGUUGAAUUUGUUCCAUUCCAGAGAAAAAAGAGGGAUGUUGAAUCUAUUCCAUUUCAGAAAAAGAAGAUGGAUGUUGAAUUUGACACGACAAAAGAGAGUGAAGGAGCAAAGCAGAAGCUGAACGAGCUUUGCGGAAGAACGAAAUGGCCCAAACCAACUUACAGAAUAGAGAAAGAGAUAGGUCCUGCUCACGAUAGGAGGUUUAUAUGCUCUGUGCAAAUUGCAAUUGCUGAAGGCAUGCUUCUGGUGACGGGAGACGAGAAGUCACGAAUAAAAGAUGCAGAGAAUUCAGCAGCGUUAGCAAUGAUUCGGGGUUUGCAGGAAUCCAAGUUCAGUUGAUAUAACAUAGUUCCACAUUCCAAUUAGCAGACAGCAGGGGACGGUGCAACUUGUAAGUAAAGCUUACUCUCUCGAUGGUGCAAUAAUCAAUCUUUGGUUGCUGCAACGUGAAUAUAGGGAUACAUUGUCAGAGCUCCACCUAGAAAAUAGAUAACAGAAGGGAGUUCACCAGUUACUGCGUGAUAAUGUAAAUAGACACCAGGACCUAUUGCAUAGUAGACUAAGCUCAUUCAGAUUAGAACUUUACCAUGAAACUUUGUAUACAAAUUAGUAUGAGAUAUAAGCAUCAGAGCUAGAAAAUUGAACUCCAA